AUGUCUACGUGGAAAAAAAUCAAAGAAGGCCACCUGUCAGCCUUCUCCUCAAGGCCGUCGUCUAACUCCACGGCCACCAUAAAGGAGUCGCCCACUAACACCAAACGAGACACCCUCAGCUUACCGUCCGUGUCCACCAACGCUCCUGGCGGAUAUGAGAAGCUGACCCCCACAAGCUCCACCAGCAGCAAGGCACCCAGCGGAGAGUGGUCGCGAGAGUCCACACACAGUUACACCCCACGAGACUCACGAGACUCACGAGACACUGCCUCUUCCGCCACCUCCACUUCGUGUGCCACUCCUGCUGCUCCUCCGGCCCCUCACCUGUCACACUCCUUCAAGCCCGGCCUGUUGACAGUCAACAUUGUCGAAACCAAGGGCUUGUCGCUGCCUCCCAGCUAUGCCAAGUAUGCGAGCCUGUUUGCACCUGAAAAACAGCUGGUUAAGGAUUCCAACACAAUGUCUUCUGCCCGACGAAUGACUCCUCCCCCAGUGUACCUGGUGUUGGAGUUUGACAAGACGCAGCUGGUGCUGGAGGCCACAGGAGGAACGCUGGAGAACCCCAUCUGGAAGGCCCAGUCGUCGUUCGACGUGUCGCGUCCGGAGCCCCUGAGCAUCAACCUGUACGCCAAGCUGAGCGCCGGACUGGUCAAGCCCAGUGAGAUGGAGGGACUGGGACUCAGUAGCAGUAUUGGGGGCAACGGCAGCAUGAGCAGCGUAAACUCGUCCUCCAAGAGAUCGUCUGCCACGCCUAAGUACAUUGAUAUCUUCCUUGGCUCGGUGAAACUGACCCCCAACUUCACCCCCGCGUCUUCGUUCGACGGAUAUCAGGCUCUGUCGUCUGGUACAGGAAAAAUCCACCUCAAGCUGGAUUACAAGCCUACACGUAACGAGCCCCUGUCCAUGAAGGACUUUGAGCUGCUCAAGGUGAUCGGUAAGGGCUCGUUUGGCAAGGUGAUGCAGGUGCGCAAGAAGGACACGCAACAGAUUUACGCGAUAAAGACGAUUAGAAAAGCGCGAAUCGUGUCGCGGUCCGAAGUCACACAUACGCUCGCGGAGCGAACGGUACUGGCCCAGAUUGAUAACCCGUUCAUUGUGCCGCUCAAGUUCUCGUUUCAAAACCCCGACAAGCUCUACCUUGUACUGGCUUUUGUCAACGGAGGAGAACUGUUCCACCACCUGCAAAACGAAAAGGUGUUUGAUCUGAACAGAAGCCGGUUCUACACUGCCGAACUGUUGUGUGCGUUGGAGUGUCUGCAUGAGUACAAUGUCAUUUACCGAGAUCUCAAGCCCGAAAACAUUCUACUGGAUUACGUCGGCCACAUCGCGUUGUGUGAUUUCGGUCUUUGUAAGCUCAAUAUGGAGGGCCAGGAGAAGACUAACACUUUCUGCGGUACUCCCGAGUAUCUGAGUCCUGAAAUUCUGCUGGGCCACGGAUACACCAAGACAGUCGACUGGUGGACUCUGGGUGUUCUUCUCUAUGAGAUGCUCACUGGACUGCCUCCUUUCUACUCGGAAAACACCAAUGAAAUGUACCAGCGAAUCCUGAACGAUCCUUUGCGGUUCCCCGACGACAUGGACCGAGAGGCACGAAGCAUUCUUACUGGUCUGCUCAAUAGAGAUCCCAAGAAGCGGCUGGGAGUCAACGGAGCCGCCGAGAUCAAAGCCCAUCCGUUUUUCAACGAGAUUGACUGGAAACGGCUUAUGGCCAAGAAGUAUACUGCUCCCUUCAAGCCCAGCGUGCGGUCUGCGACUGACACGAGCAAUUUUGACCGAGAGUUCACCAGCGAGGUGCCCAGCGAUUCUGUGGCCAACGACUAUCUCAGUGAAAGCGUGCAGAAGCAGUUUGGAGGAUGGACGUUUACCGAAAAGAAUGAGCAUAUGCAUUAG